UUUUCAUUUCACUUUUUUGAGCAUUGUUUUUACCGUUAUGCAGUUGAACUAACGCCUCGCAAUACCACAAUGAAGGACGACUUCAACGAUGAGGAGGAUGUGCAAUCCUUUGGCUACAAAAGGUUUGGUAUCCAGGAGGGGAAUGAGUGCACUAAGUGUAAGAAUGAUUGGGCGCUGAGGGCAGCCAUUGCUCUCCUGUACGUCUUAUGUGCAUUGCUCACAAUAGCUGUGGCUGUCCUAGGAUACAAAGUGGUUCAAAAGAUGGACAACAUGACUGAGGGGAUGGAGAACUAUGAAGGGAAAAUAAUGGCAGUAGAAACUGACUUAAAGAAGCUUGAUGAUCAAACAGGAGAGAAAUCAGAGAACGCCACAAGUGAAAUCUUAUCUUUCAAGGAAGAAAUCCAGAAUUUGCAGCAACAGCUUAAUGACAUUGCCCUCAGAUCUUCUAGCAACAAUGAAACUUUAAAUGUGCUGCAGCUGGCAGGAGAGGACAUUCAGAAUGGCCACUUUUCACUGAAAGACCUUCUGGAAAGUAAUACCAACACCAUCCGCAAUGUCAACCAUACCCUGAACACAUACAGUAGCCUGAUUGAUGGACUAAAAUCAGACACCCAGCGGCUUCAGUCAGACCUACAGUUGCAGACAAGGGAGCAGAGCCGCUCAACCUACAGCCUUAAUGCCCUUAACUUUACCCAAAGGGAACAGAGGAAUCUCAUCUCCAUCCUCCAAAGGUCAGUGGAAGACACCAGCCAAGCAGUCCAGAAGCUAAAGAAUGACUACCAGAACCUGCAGCAGUUGGCCAGGCAGACCAAAGCAGAUGCUGACUGGCUUAGAGAAAAAGUGCAAAAACUCCAAGUGUUGACUGCUAACACUUCUGUGCUGGCCCGCUCAAAUAAUGAUGCUCUUGAAGACUUUACAUCGCAGCUCAAUUCAAUGUCUGAGCAAGUUCAGAAUGCCUCUUCCAUUGGUGACAGUCAUGAACAGAGUCUGCGUGAGCUAAUGGAUCAACAACGAGACCAUGACAAUGCCACUUCAAGCAGGUUCAACAUUUUGGAGGCACGUGUUGAUCGCAGCGAGACUGGCAUGGACCGCAUCAUAGGAAAUAUAAGCUUAACUACAGAGCUUUUAGGAGCUGUCAGCACUGACCUAUAUGGUCUUCGUGUUUGUGCUGAUACAGUGACAAGGCACUCUGACCUGCUUUUGGCCCUCAACGCCAGCAUUUUGGAAGCCAGAGCAGAUAGCACAGAGCUCAAAACCCAGCAGGAGGAACUUGCUGCCAGGUUUGAUAAGGAAGUGAACAACCUCUCCAUAGUGAUGGAGGAAAUGAAACUAGUUGACAGCAAACACUCACAAAUCAUUACCAACUUCACUAUCCUUCAAGGUCCUCCUGGACCAAGAGGUUCUCGAGGAGAUAGAGGACCACAGGGACCUGCAGGAAAACAAGGUGAAAAGGGUGAUACAGGAGAAAAAGGUGCCCCAGGUGUACCAGGGUCUAAAGGAGAUAAAGGGGCCCCUGGAAUUCCAGGUGCUCCUGGCCUUAAAGGUUCACCUGGACCAAGGGGUAACCCUGGAUCAAAGGGCUCCAGAGGAUCAGGAGGACGUGCUGGGCCUCCAGGGGAGAGGGGUGAUCCUGGCUUACCUGGUCUCAUUGGUAGAGAUGGCCAACCAGGUCCUCAGGGCCCUCAGGGGCCUCCAGGGCCAGCAGGACCCCAAGGACCAGCUGGUCCACAAGGACCCCCUGGCCCUGCUGGCCCUAUUGGGCCACAAGGAUUACCUGGCCCAACUGGGCCUCCUCCCCAAUUUUCUAAACCUUUGCAACCUGCAGGACCACAAAGCUCUGAACCCAGUCCCACCAAAAUGCCAGGAUGCCCACCUCAAUGGAAAAGCUACAAAGACAAGUGCUACUACUUCUCAGUUUCAUCUGAGCAAUUAAAUUUUGAGGAAACGAAAGAAAUGUGCAACAAUAAGAGCUCUUCUAUGCUUAUUAUUAACAAUGAGGAUGAGCAGAUUUGGAUUCGAAAGCAAAUUUCAGGAAAAGGUUACUUUUGGCUAGGUCUUACAGACAGUGCAGAAGAAAACAACUGGAGAUGGGUGGAUGGAACUGUUCCUUCCUUUACAAAAUGGAAACCAGGUCAGCCUGAUAACUGGGGCCAUGGCCAUGAGGAAGGAGAGGACUGUGCAGGUGCUGAUAAACAAGAAGAGGACAUCGUGCUGACUUUUCUUGCUGUUAUUCUUGUUUAUAUCUCGGCAAUGCCUCUCUUCACGUCCAAUCCCUUUGACCAAGAUGUUGAGAAAGCGACCAGUGAGAUGAACACAGCUGAGGACUGGGGCCUUAUACUCGACAUAUGUGAUAAGAUUGGACAGUCACGCCCUGGACCUAAAGAAUGCCUUCGUUCCAUAAUGAGGAGAGUCAACCACAAGGAUCCCCAUGUAGCCAUGCAGGCCCUUACGUUAUUAGGUGCUUGUGUGUCAAACUGUGGAAAAAUAUUCCAUCUGGAGGUGUGCUCUCGGGAGUUUGCCAGUGAAGUUAGCAAUGUCUUAAACAAGGGUCACCCAAAAGUGUGUGAGAAGCUUAAGGCCCUUAUGGUGGAAUGGGCUGAGGAUUUCCGGAAUGACCCCCAGCUCAGUCUGAUCUCUGCUAUGAUCAAAAACCUGAAGGAGCAGGGAGUCAGUUUCCCUGCUGUUGGCUCCCAGGCAGCAGAACAGGCUAAAGCCAGCCCUGCAUUAGUGGCCAAAGACCCAGCAACAUCCACAAACAAAAAAGAGCAGGAGGACCUGGCCAAAGCAAUUGAACUGUCCCUGAAGGAGCAGCGACUUCAGCCACAGACCUCAUUCUCUGGGCUUUACCCGAUUGCUAGCAGCCUUCUCACCUCCCACAAAGGGGAAGGCAGAAAAGUUCGGGCCAUCUAUGAUUUUGAGGCAGCGGAGGACAAUGAACUUACCUUCAAAUCUGGAGAGAUUAUCACCAUCUUGGAUGACAGUGAUCCUAACUGGUGGAAAGGUGAGACAUAUCAGGGCAUAGGACUUUUUCCAUCCAACUUUGUUACAGCAGACCUGACUGCAGAGCCAGAGAUGAUAAAAACAGAGAAGAAGACAGUGCAGUUUAGUGAAGACAUUCAGGUAGAGACUAUUGAACCUGAGCCUGAGCCUGUCUACAUAGAUGAGGAAAAAAUGGAUCAACUGCUCCAGAUGAUUCAAAGUGCAGAUCCAACGGAUAAUGAGUCAGAUGCUUGUGAACUCCUCCAGCUUGAGGGUGCCUGUAACCAAAUGGGUCCACUCAUUGAUCAAAAGCUGGAAGAAAUUGACAGAAAACACUCUGAACUGUCUGAGCUCAACGUUAAAGUCAUGGAGGCUCUCUCUAUGUAUGCUAAGUUGAUGAAUGAGGACCCCGUGUAUGCCAUGUACGCCAAAUUGCAGAGCCAGCAGUACUACGUACAACAGCCCAGCGCCUCACAGCAGGUGUACCCAGGCCAGGCAGCUGCAGGACAGUAUGCGGUGGGUGCCACAGGGGUGCAGGGCUACAGCGUUCCUGUGGAGCAGCUUUCUGUCAUGAACCCUGCACCAGGCCAACCAGUGCCCAGCGAUGUUCACAUGUAUAUGGGCCAGGCAUCAGUAUACAAUGCUCCUUCAGGCAGCAUGGCUUCUGCUGAAGUGCAGCAGGCAUACCAGAGUGCAGUGAGCGGGCAGGCAGGCCUGGCCCAAACUUCCAACUACAGCUGUGCCAACCCUACAGACCCUCAACAGAGCCCUUACCCAGAAAAAGCCCUCUUAUAGGACUCACAGACACUACACUUUUCUCAAGUAAACACGCACACCCCUUCCAUGAACAAAAAGGCUUUAUUCGCUAACUGAUACUAAAAACAAAGUGGCUAAAGGUCCCAGAUACAGACUGAUCUAGUUCCCUGUCAGUCAUGAUUUCUUAAGAACAAACACAAGUACCUCUUUCAGUCUGAUCAGUUGGAAACUCCCAUUAUUUACCUCUGAUUGGUAACGGUGCAAUUUUUGGAAAAGCAGAUUGAGCAUCUCUUUCUGUUUAUUUAGAACACUUGGUUACAUGAAGCUGAAGACACUAAGUUAUUUGAUUGAACUGCUGCCAUCCUAACUAAAGACUAGAUCUUUGUUUUAGGAAAUCUAAAACACAAACUGAGCAUGCACAUGUUGUACAUUGAUUUCCCUAAUGUUUCGGAGUAGUUGCAAGUGGCGUACAGGCGUUUAAAAAAACAAGUUUUUUUUUUAAGUUGCGAGUGUGUUAGUGUGCAUGUUAGGGCUGUCAAAUACUUUAUCCAAUACAGUUCAAAUUUGAAUUACUUAAAUGUUUUGUAUUUAAAUGCAUUUUAAUAUUAAUGGUAGAAAACUAUGUGUACUUCUACCAAAGGAGUAAACAUAUCCAUAUAGGUAAGUACUGACACUUUAAUAAUCAAAGAAAAUUAUAACAAAGAAUCAAAGUGAAAGUACAUUAGCGCACCAGAGUUGGGGUUUCGAAUACAUCGUAUUCCAACUGGGCUGGGUGGCAGCAUAAACAACAAUUGGCGGUGGCUUAGUGGGUAGCACUGUCGCCUCACAGCAAGAAGGUCCUGGGUUCGAACCCCAGGUGGUGCGGUCCGGGUCCUUUCUGUGUGGAGUUUGCAUGUUCUCCCCGUGUCUGCGUGGGUUUACUCCGGGUGCUCCGGUUUCCUCCCACAGUCCAAAGACAUGCAAGUGAGGUGAAUUGAAGAUACUAAAUUGUCCAAGACUGUGCUUGAUAUAAACUUGUGAAUUGAUAAAACUGAACAUGCCAGAGUAUAAGUAUGUCAGUUGAGAGGCGUCCUCAGUCAGUGGUGAAGGGUCGAAUCAGUAUAGAGGACGCAAUCAGGGUAAUUGGACACGACUAAAUUAGGGGGGAACAUUGGGGGGAAAAACAAAGAAUCACAGUGAUUUUACCCCAACCUUUAAUGUUAUAUGUAUAUACUGUAUAUACCAAUAGAUGUCUCACAGUUUACAAAGAAAAAGGAAAAAAUGCAAAUAGUAAAUUGUAUCCACAAGCACUCUCAGUUGUCUACCAUAGGGUAAAACAAGACUGCUCUUUAUAAAAUACCAAUUUACUGCUCAUUCUGUUACAUCUUUAGCUAGACUUGUACAAGCCCUAUAAAAGGACAGAUACAUUGACUAGACUUAAGUUACUUACUGCCUUUGGAAUGAAACUGCAGACAUUGACUGUGGGCAGAUAACUACAUCCACACACACUGCAGGUAAUACAGAGAGUUGCUGAGAGCAGGCAGUCUCUGACUGAUGCAUUGCCAUUUUAUAUAUUACUCAUCCUCUUGGGUUUUGACAGCCCUAGUUCAUAUG